AUGGCGAUGAAGGGCAUCAGUCUGGGCCUGCACCGCAUAUCCAGGGCCCUCGAGGGCGUUCCGCAGAAGUGGGAUGCCAUCCACGUCGCCGGAACUAACGGCAAGGGCACUACCUGCACAUACCUGGCGGCCCUCUGCAGGUCCUUUGGCAUAUCCAACGGCCUCUUCACCUCGCCUUACCUGGUCGAGCCGCGUGACGCCAUCAAAAUCAACGGCGUGCCCGUCCAGCAAGACGUCUACAGCGACGUUCGACGCAAGAUUCUUGACGACGAACAGACCCGGCUAGCACAAGAUGCAUCGCAGGAGGCCCUCACCAUCUUCGAGGUAACCACCCUCAUCGCCUUCGGCGUCUUUAGCCGCGCCGAUGUGCAGAUGGGUCUCGUCGAAGUUGGCCUUGGCGGGCGACUUGACUCGACGAACGCCCUCAGACGGAAAAGGGUUACCGUCAUCACCAAGAUCGGCCUUGACCACCAGGCAUUCCUUGGCAACACACUGCCCGAAAUCGCCAAGGAGAAGGCCGGCAUCAUGAUGGCUGGUGUGCCGUGCGUUGUCGACGGCAGCAACCCGCCCGAGGUCCUCGAAGUCUUCCGGCAGCAUGCCGUAAGCGUCUCAGCGCCGCUGCACCUCACUACAUAUCAGAAUGGUCUCCUGGAGACUCUGUACCAGUCCGAGUUGAUGCCGCACCAGGCCCAGAAUAUGGCAUGUGCCAUCACGGCCUUCCAAAUUGCUUACCCGCACCUGAACCUCUCCGUGGAGAAGGCUCUGCCGAUCUUGAAGGACGUCACACAUCUCGGCAGACUCUCCUGGUUAGAGGUUGGCGAGAAGUACCCGUCACGAAAAGGGAAGCCUAUUCUCAUUGACGGUGCUCACAACCCACAGUCGGCAGAGACACUGUCCGCCUUCAUCGAGCGACGUGUCCGGGAUGCAGACAAGCCCGUCACUUGGGUGGUGUCGGUCUCCAAACAGGACGGAAAAGACGCUGGAGGCAUGCUUCGCACUCUGCUAAGACCCGGCGAUAGUAUCACUUGCGUGCCCUUCUCCAAGCGAGAGACUAUGCCCUGGGUUGAACCCUUGCCGCUCGACACAUUGAGGGAGAUGGCGUCCAACGCAGGCGCGAAGGAUAUAUUCUUGGCCGAAGGGGGUCUCGAGGCGGCCACGCAAUGGGCUGUCGACAUCGCCGGAGAUGGGCCCAUUGUCCUGACUGGCAGUCUUUAUCUCGUUGGCGACGCCUACAGGGUUUUAUCAUGA